AUGGCCACUUAUCUGCAGCAAAUUUUGAGUGGAUUGGCUCCCCUAAUCAACUCGACCGUCGCAGAAGUUACCAACACCACUUCGGCCCUUCCUCAGGCCACGAUUUCCCCCUUAUCUAUUCCCAACGAUCUGUCAUCCCUGAUUUCGCUCCUCUUCUCGUUUUCUGCACUACGCGACUGGUUGAAGCUAAUUGUGCUUGGUGGCUUCUUUGAAACUUGUCGUCGAGUCAUCUUUGCCCAGUACGCAAAGUUUGUCGAUGCCUUUUACAUGAAAGCAACCUUCGAAGAAGAUGACCCUAGUUACGAAUGGAUGAUGGUUUGGCUCUCAAGACAACCGUCCUGGGCUAAAGCGCGUGAUAUUCAAGUUAGCACUAAUACAUAUGGCGCCAACUCCAACACCGUCAUGCUCGAGGGAGAGGAAGAUUCCAGCGAAUACAAGACCUCCCGAAAAUUAGCCUACCUACCUUCUGUCUCAAUGACAUAUUCUUUGUGGUAUAAAAGGCGAUACAUGACCAUCACUCGGACACUACAAGAUACGACGGGAUCAUAUUAUGCAACGAAGCACAAUGUUCUGCAAAUUAGUCUUCUGACUCGCAGUCACAGUCUGCUCAUUGGCUUGCUUCAAGAAGCUCGCAGUGAUUUCAUGGCUGCUCAGGAACACAAGAUUUGUGUAUGGGUUUCAGAUGUGAACAACGGUUGGAAGCAUGUUGGCUGUCGCGCUAAGCGCAGUAUGAAUUCCAUCAUCUUGGAGUCCGGUGUGAAGGAUCUCCUACUGGAAGACGCUCGGGAUUUUUUGGGCAGCAAGGACUGGUACGCAGAACGUGGCAUUCCAUUCCGUCGGGGUUAUCUCUUGUAUGGUGUUCCUGGUUCGGGGAAAACUUCAUUGAUUCACAGCAUAGCUGGAGAGUUGGGACUUGAUAUAUAUAUCAUCUCCCUCUCUCGUGUUGGACUUGAUGAUUCUUCCUUGGACGCGCUUAUCAACGAAUUGCCUGAAAGAUGUGUGGCUCUCAUGGAAGAUAUCGAUGCUGCCUUUACACGGACUCUCAACCGAGAUGAUGACGACGCUUCGGAUUCUGAGUCAAGUGCUUCAUCCGGUGCCAACAAAACUCCUAAAACUGGUAGCCCUCCGCCGCCGCCUGGCAGCAGGGUCAGUCUAAGCGGACUACUCAAUGCCCUCGAUGGCAUUGGCGCCCAGGAAGGACGGAUUCUUUUUGCAACCACAAACAAGCACACUUCCCUUGACCCUGCCCUUUGUCGGCCUGGACGCAUGGACCUCCAUAUCGAGUUCAGACUAUCGAGCAAAUAUCAAGCGCGAGAGAUGUUCAAGCGCUUCUACAUCCCUUCGAGCCAAUGCAGUGAGGCUGACGAUGACGAUGAAGCAGCCGACUCUGGAUAUGGAUCUGCUGCUCUAUCAGAAGCGACAGACUCGACACCGCCUUCUCCGGCUGAUUCCAAAUCAUCGGAAUCUCCUGUUUCUGAAUCCUCAUCUGCUCCACCAGCAUUUUUCGGUAGCCGCCAUGUUGGGCGGGCCCCCAAGCUCUCGAAGGGAAGAGUUGAUGAGCUUGCUACGCUAUUUUCUGACAUUAUUCCGGACCAACAAUUCUCCAUGGCGGCACUGCAGGGCUACCUGAUGAUGCACAAAACCAGGCCCUUUGCUGCUGUUGCAGGCGCACAAGACUGGGUUGAGAAAGAGUUGAAGGAUCGUAGCAGACGAGAAAAACAGAAGCGGGAAAAAGAGGAAAAAGAGAAGGAGAAGAAGGCCAAGGAGAAAAAGGAAGCCAGGGAGAAGGACGAAGUUAAGGAUACCCCCAAAGCACAACAUAAUCCAAGCGAAAGCGACAAAGCGAUCCAGGUAACUCAGAUGCAAGUUUCAUCCUGA